AUGCAAUUGUGGAAGAGGGCUUCGGGAGCCUUGAAAGAUCAUGGAAGUCUUCUCAGAGCCAGUUUAACUCGUCGAUCAUCACUUAGCAACCCAAAUAUAGAAAUAGCUGUCAUCAAGGCCACCACCCAUGACGAGUCUCAUGUUGAUUACAGGAGUGCUCAGCGAGUUUUUGCAUGGGUCAGGAUUUCUGAUGAAUUCCUAUACCGUGUGUUGUGGGUACUCUUCAAUAGGAUGAACAGGAAUCGCAACUGGGUGGUGGCCUUGAAGGGACUCAUGCUUUUACAUGGAGUUUUUUGCUGUAAAGUACCUGGGAUUCAAGAGAUUGGACAGUUACCAUACAAUUUGUUGAAUCUUAAAGACAAGUAUGUUAAGCACGAAAAAAUGUCGUGUUUGACCACAUUUAUUCGUGCUUACUUUGUUUUUCUAGGUGAGAAAUCAGGAUUCAUAUUCUUCCAUUCACAAGAACAGAGAAAAAGGGAGGUUUUGUCACCUGACAAAACGCAUGAAGAACAAAAUGAAAACAUGAUAAAACAAGAUUUUAUUUGGUUACAAAAUCUCCAGUACUUGCUCGAUAAGUCACUCGAAAUCCAACCAAAGUCGACAACAGUAAAUGUGCUUGUUCUUGAAGCCAUGGACUGCAUCGUGGUCGAGAUUUACGAUAUUUACAGCCGAAUUAGCAACGGAAUAGGAACUAUUCUCAUGAAAACUUACUCUGCAGGAAAACAGGAGGCUAAAAUGGCCUUGUCAAUUCUGCAGAAGGCAAAAGUUCAACAUGAACAACUCUCAAAUUUUUUCGAGUAUUGCAAAGAUAUUGGGGUUUGCAACGCCUCCGAAUGCCCUAAAAUGGAACAAAUUCCUGAUGAAGUUAUUCUAGAACUCGAGCACAUUAUUAGUGGAGAUUUAAGUCAAUCAGAAAACAAACAUUAUACAAAAGAAGAGGUGAAAUCAAUCAAAGUUGUGGAGGACAGCCACACAUCAAUCAUAGGUGACAAAAUUCAUAGUUCAAAGACUCUAAAUACAGAGGGUUGGACGGUUUUCGAAGAAAGGAAGAUAUUAGAUCUUAUAGAUCUCUCUUCUAGUGCAGAAGCAAACACUAGAUUUGGCCCUUUGCCAGAUCUGAUUAGUUUCUGA